CACAGUUUCCCACGCUGAACAUUGGUCACUUCACAAACGCCCACCGAAGAGACAUGGACACGGACAAUGACAGCAACUCCAACAGUUUCGAUAUGGAAGACCUCUGGGUGCCUCAGCUACCGCACGGAGUCUUGAUGGCGAUUGGGGUUGAUAGAGAGGAUGUGACAUCACUAGCGAACAACCCACAGGCAGCAGGCAGUUCCAAUAAUACGGAGGCAGAGCAGUCACAGAACAAGAACACUGGAGUCAGGACUUUGAUGCCUUCCGCCAUAGGAGUGGGCGGAGAUCAGCACGCGAAUGGCCAUGGGAAAGAGGACACAUACAAAACCCCUGCACCGAAAAAGCGAGCAGCACAAUCACAUAUGAGGAGUCUACUCGCGGACUCGCCGGACGACUUUUCUCCUCUGCGAUUGGACGAGGGUUCCGCCUCACGGGUCACGGGCCAACUAGACACGCCAUGGCGGCAACCCGACCAGCGAAACCGGUUCAUAACGCCACUCCACGCGCGGGCUCUGAACCUCCCGGUUGGCUGGUCACCCUCAUUAGAAACUCCGUUGCCAAAUGGGAAGCAGCGGGCCGUGACGCCCGGUCACAUUGCGAGUCUUCUUCGGCGGAGGCAGUUUCAGUCUUUGGCGGCUCAGGAGUCUCCUACGGCUUGGGCUACGGUUGGGCCUCGGAGUAGAAGCCCGGAGGGAACGCCACCUGUCAUGCCGGCCAUAGCACCUGCGGAGCAGAUACGCGUCCUGCAUGAAGAAUCGAGGAUGUCUAAUGUUGAGAAGCCGAAGGCGCUGUCGGCUGAUCGUGCGCUGGGGCGCUUACUGGCGAAUCGACUUGGCAAUGCACGGAGAGAAACGUCGGUAAAAGAAAACGAUUUCAGUUCUCUGACACCGGGAGUCAAAGUUUCAGGAACAGGAGUAAAGUGGUUGACGCCUUUCCUGGGUCAGCAGAAACCGAAGCCCCUCGCGAAAUCCAACACGAGGCAGAUCCGUUCUGCUGAAGGGCGACCGAAAAGGAUGUUGCUGACUCCGAGGACUGCUGAUCCGUCUCCGUCGAAGAACGACUUUGAUGACAUGUUCGCUAAUCAAUUCGUUCGUGAGCCGUCUCUCACCGCUGUACCGAGCUUGCACAAUGCUCUGCAGGGCGAGGCUGCUAAAAGGAAUGCAGAUCAGGCGAUGCGCGACGAAACACCGCUGAAUGCCAAGAGGAAACGUCGGGGAGGUACCGUCACGAAGAUCCAGGACAUCGUUGGGCCCGAGCAAAUACAGCCGCUGGAACUGUCUGAUAUCAUUGGGACUGUCCCAACGACAUACGUCUCCUCAAAUCAGAGCAGGAAACCCAACAAAAGGCGAAAGUCGAAGGGCGACUUCCCCAAGCUUACUGUACAGUCUCAUUGUGUGACGCCAUCUGAAGAUCUCACGACCCAAGCCGCUCCAACAGGCGAUGACUUGAGCUUCUGGGCAACUACCAUCCCGACUAGGGUGCCCAAACCCAAUUUUGACGUUGUUGGGACGUCAACAAUCACGGCAUCGGGGCGCUCCACCACCGCCAGCAUUGCCAUAGGUCGCGCAGAACAGAACCCCUUCCAGGAACGACCUCAGGAGGAAAGGAAACGAGGUCGCAAGCUACGGCACUCGGAUCCGCAGGGCAACGUUAGAAGAAGCGAGCGAAUACGACGCGGGGAGAGCGGUUGUAGCAGUACAAAAGAGAUCAAACAUAUGAAAGCGAAACCCGGCACGGCACGGACCCCGGCGCCGGCGCCGGCGAGCCCUGUUGCACGAAGAUCUGCACCGUACAGCAAUGAGCAUACGAGGCGUCUCAAAAAGGAAGCGUUAGACACGUUUGAAAGCAUCUUUUCUUCUUCGCCCUUAUCGGAUGUAUCCGUGCUGAGCUCUCCGGAGUCUGUGUAUUCGAAGAAAUCUGAUGCGGGCCGAAAACGAGGAAUGAUGAUCAAAGCGGCCUCACCAUGCCUGCCAUCUUCGAGUCAAUCGGCACACCGUGAGCUUUGUGCCAUGUCGAGUGAUCUUUUCAAUGCGGCAGGUGGCUCCGAACCUCAUUCGCCUCCACGUCCAUCUCCCGUUUACGAUGCAAAAGCGACGAACAACGGCCCAGGCGCCGCACCAAUACUGAUAUCGUCGUCACCCGCGAAAGCCCAGUCCCCUGUCGCGCGGGAGAUCCCAGCACGGCUGUCAUCCCCUCAGUCGAAGUCGCCGGAUGAUAAUGAUAGAGUCGACAUUGCGGACCUUAUGAACAUUCUCGAGAUUCCAAGCAUCACCCCGCCGAACAAACGGAAGCGCGACUUGGGUUCGAAGGCGCCAUAUCGGAAUGGACUGUUGCUGCAAACCUCGGAACUGGAUUCGAUCCCGUCGGAUGUGGAGUCUGAUGGCGAUGCUGCUCAUACGGUUGCUGUCGGGGAUGGUGUCCCAUCAACAGCGACCGCGGCCGAAGCGCCGGCAAACUCGAUGAUCGUUGAAACGCAGGAAGAAGACGACUUCCCACAUAUUGGAUCUCCCGCGCUCUUAGAGCCUACUGCUCGCUCACAGGGUAUUGAAAUGGAAGGCUCGUUAGAUGCUACGUGCAGUCAGCAACUGCUUCUGAUCUCAAGUCCAGUCGGAUCCAACCAUGUGGAACUCAACCUGAUUGCAAGCAUCGCGGAAACUAUCAAACACGAGCAUAUAGAUACCCAAUCGAGCGUAACCCAGAUGACUAGCAUCACCGACGAUGUAGAUACGCAGUCUGUCGUAACGCAGAAAACCACCAUCAUCGACAACAUAGAAACCCAAUCCAGCGUGACGCAGAAGACCACCAUCAUCGACAACGCAGAUACCCAAUCCACCGCAACCCAGAAAACCACCAUCAUCGACACGGGCCAGGACGUGAUCCCCGCCACCCUUUCGUUGACACCUCGACUCAAUCGCGCGGAAGUGAAGAUGAAACAGGCGGUCAUUGAUGUGCCUAGCUCGCCGGAGUCGCAGACGCAGGGGUCGGAGUGUGACUCGCCUUCUAUCUUUCGGCGGUUUCCGAUGAUGGCGACAGGAAGUGUUGGUAGCCUAAACCUGGUGAUGCCGACGCGUUUGGGGAAAGAGGUGGGAACUGACCAUGAUAGCGAUCGCACUGAGUCGUUGCCGCAGAGGGAGGACGACGAGCUUAUUCACGUACUUGACGCGGAUGACGAUAUACGAGCUAGAUCAGCAACGCUCGACAUCGAGGAUAAGCGCGAGAUGGGACUGCCUGUUCAUUCGAGUCCUCCACCGUCGCGGCAUGUUCAGGAUUUUGAUGACACGCAAGAAGAUACUCAAGACGGAGGUGAUGACCAUCGUUACGGUGUCCCGCUUACGCUGGAAGUCGCUGUCGAGACCGCUGAGGACGCAUCAACUAGAUCGGCUACCCCCGGCGUGGCCGAGAAGCAGGCAAUGGGACCGCUUGCUCAUUCAAGUCCUGUACGGUCGCAGCACGUUCAAGAUUUUAACGAUACGCAAGACGAGACUCGAGAGGCGCAUGAUGAAUAUCAUCUGAGUGGACCACGUGCGCUUGAAACCACCGAUGUACGCGAGGAAGCAGUGAACGGCCGUACCCAGGAUAACCGCACAGCAGCUGGCAAAAUCUCAUCGAAGGCUCCAGUCCCCGGCGGUCACGCAGCUCGCUCUCCGCCUGUUGAUGACCUCAAAGAUCAAGCUGCCACCAUUUUGGCGUCACGGUCUCCAGUGACCUGCGCCGCAUCACCUAAAUGUGUGGCUCACGCAGAUGUCGAUGAUGCAUCCGUGAUGUCCGCCGGAUCGUCUCCGAUCAUUGCCGCAUCGCAAGCUUCGCUGACUGGUGCGGUGAACGACAGUUUCAAACUCCCCAAUCAGUAUGAUGAAGCGGAACGCACGCAGCGAGCAAAAGCCGUACGGUGGGACACAGAUGAAGUCGAACACCCGCCACUCGGAGUGCAAUCCGAUGUAGACGAUGACGAUGAGUAUGGAGAUGAUUACGGCCACUCGAUGCUCUCCGCAGUGCAUGGCAUAACACAGAAGCUCAAAGUGGAAGCGGACUUCCCACGCACCCAACCCGGAUUCUACGACGCGUACACUAUCGAAGACGACGAUAUUUCUGCGAGCUUUGAACGUGCGUUGAACCAAACAAAUACGCAACCGGCCCAAUCCGUCCCGUUGAGCGCCCCGAUACCACCGCCAUUUCACGCGCCUGCGUUCAAAGAUCAAGAUCCUGAACCCGCCGAACAGGGCCUGAUCAAUUUCGCGUUCGCUUCGGGAAAGCAGCUGAAGCCGAAUAUGUCUACCAUUCGGCGCUUUGCGCAGUUUGUGGACCAGGAGUUGAGCGCAGAUGCCAAUCCGAUGUGUGCGUCCGGGGGUGGGCUGGGAUCGGGCCGUGCGAGUGUGUCGUUUGCGCCGAAAUCGUUGGGGGAUUUGAGGAGGGAGGUGCGUGGGUGGCGAACACCGCUUGGGGAGGGGGAUGGGAUGACUGUGGUGAAGGAGGUCCCGCACGCGGCGGAUGAAGGCACGAAUACGCCGAUGGACUACCGGGAACCGCCGCUGAAUGAGACAGCGCCGGGUCGUUCGGGAGGUCAACGAGAUCGCCACGGAGAAGGGGACGAGAAUUGUCAUCACGAGUUCCCUCCCCUGAUCCAAGAUUUUGCGAUCUCGAAGGACCGUGACUCGCCUACAACAAUCUCGGGGGACGACUAUUCGAUACUUGCGGAACCUUUUGGUGCAGCUAGAAUAGAGGCUGCACACGACGUGUCAUUCGAGGUGCCUGUACACCGGAUAAAUGGGAACCAAUCUGCUGUCCCAGAAGCAACGGUGGCGCACAAUACAGGUGCAAGUGAAUACUACGGCGGUCAGAUUUCCGACACGGUUCAAUCUGAACAUACGAGACGGCAGCGAUGGAAUUGGAACCACCAAGCGCGCUGGCCUCUCCCACACCCAUUCGACAUAGCGACGUUGUAGGAGCGCAGACGCCGUUCGCGCCACCAAAAGCUGCUUUUGCUGGAUUCAGCACAGGUCGGGGCAAGGCGUUGGGGCCUGUGAGCAAACAAGCACAGCAACGCGCGGUGACACUUGGAUUCAAUGCGGAAACGCCUUUUGAGAUCCCCGAAACGCCCGUUCCGAAGAAGAGACAAGCGAACCUGGUCGAGCAAUCUACUUCCGAAGAACAGCAAUUGAGUGGACGGAAAGUUGAUAA